UGGACAAGAUUGAUCAGAAAGGAAUGAGAAGGAGGGGUGUCCUAUACACUUGAAGUUAUUACACCUCUGAGCACCAUGGAAUCAAGAAAAUCUGUUCAGAAUCUUGCUCAGUCUAUCCAUUCUCUUCUAGGAUUUAAGACUCGUCUAACUUCUACCUGGGCAGAUUCAGUUUGUAAAAUAAUCAACAACUUAUCAUCUCAAGAUUCAACAGAUGGUUCUCAGAUAAAAUUUCAAAACUGCAAUUCAGACUAUUCAGAGGCUUCCAAUGAAAACGAAGAUGCUGAUAAUGGUGCUGCUGUUUCAAAAAUAUAUGAUGAUCUUGCUGCCUUGACUGCCCAUCUAAAUGAACUGAACUUAAAGAAGAGACAGGCCUUGAAGAACUUUUUGGAUUUGAAGGGGAAUAUCCGUGUGUUUUGUCGCAUAAGACCCAUCCUCGAUGAGGAGAAAUUUAGCCAUCUGGCACCUGUCGUUGCAUCGGAUUCCAAUAAUGUGGUUUUAAAACUUGCCAACAAUAAGACAAAACAUUACACUUUCGACAAGGUUUUCCACCAGGGUUCAUCACAAGGUAUGGAAGUCUUUUCAGAAAUUGCGCCAGUGAUAAAAUCUGUGAUGGAUGGCUACAAUGUAUGCAUUUUUGCAUAUGGGCAGACGGGAACUGAAAAGACUUUCACCAUGGAAGGUAAACCCGAUUGUCCGGGGAUUGUGCCUCAUGCAAUCAAUGAACUUUUCAAGCAAGCAGUUGAUAGCAACCACUCUUUUCUCUUCACUUUCAGUAUGCUUGAGAUUUACAUGGGCAAUCUCAGAGACUUGCUUGUCCCCAAAAUGACAAAACCAACAGAUCGUUUUACAAAAUGCCUGUCAAUUAUAAAUGAUCCCAAGGGAGGCAUUGAGAUUGACAACCUUGUGGCAAUUGGAGUGAAUGACUUCAACCAAGCUAUGAAUCUGUAUAGAUUGGGUAGGCAAUCCAGGUCAACUGCUUCUACAAAUGCCAACAUCAAUUCAAGCAGAUCUCACUGCUUGAUCCGCUUAUCCUUGACUAGCUUUAAUGCUCCAUCAAGGCGAAAGGAAACAAAUAAAAUAUGGAUGAUUGAUUUGGGUGGAAGUGAACGGUUGUUGAAGACAAAGGCAUGGGGAAGACGACUGGAGGAAGGAAAAGCCAUCAACCUAUCACUCUCUGCCCUUGGUGAUGUCAUCAUUGCACUCCAGAAAGGGAAACCUCAUGUACCAUACAGGAAUAGCAAACUCACUCAAGUUCUUAGGGAUUCCCUAGGUGAGGAUUCAAAAACACUAAUGCUUGUUCAUAUUAGUCCCAAAGAAGAAGAUUUGUGCGAGUCUGUAUGCUCCUUGGGUUUUGCAACAUGGGUGAGAAGAAUUCACCUAAGGAAUGAGGCAUCAGUGGAAAUGCAG